AUGGAGAGUGUUAUAAGCAUAUACAAAAGCUUGAAUGCAGCUGUUAGUGUUCAUCGUCCACAGUUACAGAUUCGGAAUGAUUGCAACUACAAGAACGAUACACUGAACAAUCCAAACAGCCAAAAAGACAGUGGAUCUGAAGAUUCUGAGAUUCUUCACAAGGAUGUGAUCAAGCGGAGUGGUAGUGAUUCCUCUAGUCGUGAUGGUUCUCCUCUUCCAACCUCAGAAGAAAGCAAUCCAAGACCUAAGCAUCAGAAUUGGACUAAGCAGCAGAUGAUUCCAAACUCGCAGGAAAUUAAUCCAAAUCCUAAGACUCAGGAUCAGACUGUGCAGCUGUUGAUAGAGAGCCUCCGGUCAUAUGAUUUUCAGCCUGAAUCAGACAAUGAUCCCACUGAUCAUGUACCCGAACAAGCUGCGAAAAAGAAGUGUGACAUCACCUCUUCUGAAGCAAUGGAAAAUCAUCAGAAAGUCCCCAAGAGGCAGAAGAACCUGAUGCAAAAAGCUGCUGAUAUCGACUUUAACGACAACUACAGUGCAAACUCUGAUGAUCAGUUAAAUGGAAAAACCUCAAAGGGAUCAGAUUUUAUCACACCUGUAAUUUCAGAUCAACCAUCAUCAAACAUAACCAUAUGUGGAUUCUGCCAGUCUGCUAGAGUAUCUGAGGUAAUCAUCUUACUCAUGCCCCUAUGA